AUGGAAUCUACAGAGCCAGUGACUUACGAAUUUCCUGGCCAUGGAGUCGGCGCUGUUGCUCCCCGCCGGAUGAUGACCUCCAAUCUAGGGCAUAAUUUUUCAUUCUACGCCAAUCCGACUGCAUCAUUUCCGCUGCCUUUUCACCAGUCGUCUUCUGCUACUUACAGUUUCCAUCAUACGCUCAACCACCACCACCACAACCAGGGUUACCCACACUUUUAUGUGACCAGCCACCAGCCAGUCAACCCCCAGCCGGUGCGCCUAUCAUCAGAGCCACCACCUAUCCAACCGAUUCCAGAUAUUCGUCCAGCAAAGAAUGCUGUCAAUCGCAUGGCCCGAGAUCCGUUGGCCAAGGUCGAAACAAGCUCAACUUCUCAGCAGGCUUCAGCCGCCGUGCGCCCAGCCAAUGUAGCUGCAAGAAGCAGAAGCCCUAAUGCCGCUGAAGUUGAGUUCUCAACAGAGGUGGAUGUGUUAAUGAAAGCAAUCCAGUCAAAGACAGGUGUUCCACCGUCGAAUCAGCACUCAUUACCGCCACUCCAGCAACUGACACAUGGGAGUACAAAUGGCUUUCCUCCGUAUUCCAUUACCCCGUCCACGAAUCUUCGGUACACUACUAUGGUCGAUGAACCCCCUCUUCGACCAGGAAAGAAACGUAAAUAUGCCUGCACUCUUCCAAACUGCGGGAAAAGUUUUGCGCAGAAGACUCACCUAGAUAUUCAUACGAGGGCCCACACUGGAGAUAAACCUUUUAUCUGCAAGGAGCCCUCAUGCGGGCAGCGCUUUUCCCAGUUGGGCAAUCUGAAGACCCAUCAGCGACGACACACAGGGGAGAAGCCUUUCUCUUGUGAUAUCUGCCAAAAGAGAUUCGCCCAACGUGGCAACGUCCGAGCCCAUAAAAUCACACACGAACACGCCAAGCCUUUUACCUGCCUUUUGGACGAGUGUGGGAAACAAUUCACCCAGCUGGGAAACCUCAAGUCUCAUCAAAACAAAUUCCAUGCAGCUACACUACGGGACUUAACACUAAAGUUCUCUCAAGUCAACGGGGGGGAGUCUAUGAAUCCAGAAGACCGAAAGCUUUGGGAGUAUUUUGCCACGCUCUAUAAGAACAGCAACAAGGGAAUCAAGGGUCGUGGAAAAGACCGCCGAAUCUCACCUACUUCCAAGUCAGACCCCGGGUUUGAAGCCCGAAGGAGACUCGAUGAUGGUGAAGAUAAAAUACGACGAGGAAGCUUUGAGGAUUCCUCAAUCUACACAGGAGGGUCCAGCAGUGACGAAGAGGAUACAGAGGCUUAUUAUAUUGGUAGUAAGCGAAGCCAUUGA